CUAUUUUGCAACAAUAAUAGUUGUUUUUUAAUAAGUAUUUUAGUACACAUUUCAAUGUUAUUAAGUUAUCUUAGGUGCUAGUAAAAAUAAUUUAUAUUUUUUUUAUUUAUUUAAUUUAAGUGUUAGUUUUUCAAAUUUAAUUAGAAAUGUCUAAGAUGACUUGUAUGAUUUUCAGAAGACUUGUUCACUCAAAUACGUGUACCAAAAAUAAAAUAUGGCAAAUAGCUGUUAAUGGAAAUGAAAAACAGUAUAAUUUACUUAUUUAUAAUAAUACUCUAUUAAAAUUAUUCAUGUGCAACUGUGCUAUUCAAAAGCGCACAAUUUUUAGUUUAUUAUUACCAUAUAAUAGAAAAAGUGACAGAAAAAUUUACCGGGAUCGAAAACUUAUUGGGUACUCACCGGAACAAAUUUUUGAUGUAAUUCAAGAUACAGAAAAUUAUAAAAGAUUUUUACCAUUUUGUCGCCAAUCAAUAGUUAAAAUAAGAAAAGAUAAUUAUGUAAAAACAUUUUUGGAAAUAGGUUUUCCUCCAAUCAUUGAAAAUUAUAUGUCACAUGUUACAUUUCAACGUCCUCAUGUGAUUAGAGCUGAGUGUCAUGAAGGAAAUUUAUUUAAUCAUUUAGUUACCCAAUGGAAUUGUAAUCCUGGAUUAAAUAAUAAGUCCAAUACUUGUGUUAUAAAUUUUUUUGUUUCCUAUGAAUUUAAAUCACAAUUACACUCAAAGUUAACUAAUAUGUUUUUUAAUGAGCUUGUAAAACAAAUGGAACAAGCUUUUUUUGAUGAAGCUGCAAAACGCUAUGGCCAACCUACUAUAAAGGCGCAACAACUAAAACUAUUACCAUUUAGUGAACAUUAACUAUUUAUUUCACUAUUUUAGAUAGAGAAGUUUUAUGUAUAGUCAUUUUAUAAAAUAUGUUAAUUAACUCUUUAUUAUUGUUAUGUUUAUUCAUUUUAGUGUUAGUUUACAAUCUGUCUUUCAUAUGUGUGAAUCAAAAGUUUUAAUUUACAAUGAAAUAUGUAAAUAUUUAAUCAUAG